CGUUUUAAGGCGUGUCCAAUGCGACGUCGUAGCAGGUGCUCCAUAUUCGACGCCCAGGCUCAGGGAGGGAAGGAUACGACCCAGGGAUUUGAUGCGUGUCAGAGAGCAGUCUGUAGUAUUAGUAGUGAUGGAAUUUCCUUGAUGCCAUUCUGAACACUUCCAUCACUCUCUUGCGAUUCCGAUCAAGCCAGUCAAUUCAGAAUUUACUUGGGAAUACUUUGUUACCGGAGCUCAUGUCUCAAAAAGAACCAUUAGCCGUCGUUGGCUACUCGUAUCGUGCCCCUGGUGUGGGUCGGAAAGGUCUCUUCGAAUUUCUGGAGCAGGGAAAGUGUGCCUGGUCCAAGGUGCCUGCUGAUCGCUUCAACCAUGAGGCUUAUUAUCACCCCGAAUCGAGCAAACCUGGCUUCAUUUCCUCCCAGGGCGGGCACUUUUUACCGGAUGACAUCUACGCCUUCGACCCAGCGUUCUUCAACAUCAAAGCAGACGAAGCCCGCGCACUCGAUCCUCAAAUCCGUCUCCUCCUUGAAUGUGCCUUUGAAGCCGCCGAAAAUGCUGGUAUCACACUCCGUGAACUCAUGGGCAAGAACAUCGGCGUUUUCGCAGCUAGUGACAAGUCCGAAUACUACAACACAGCGGCCCAGGAUUUACAUACUUCGUCCAUCUUCACCGCUACCGGUAUGAAUCCCAGCAUGUUCGCCAAUCGUGUCUCCUACUUCUUCGGCUUGACGGGUCCCAGUGUCUCGGUAGACGCUGCGUGUGCUUCUAGCUCUUAUUCAAUCCAUCUAGCGUGUCAAAGCUUACUUUCGGGAGAGUGCUCUGCUGCUUUUGUGGGAGGGGCAAAAACCCUGAAUGGACCAAACCAGUGGGUGGAACUCGAUACUAUGGGCACAUUAUCGCCAGAGGGCAAGUGUUAUUCGUACGAUGUCAAAGCGACUGGUUUUGGAAGAGGCGAAGGCGCCGGGUGUGUGGUCAUCAAGAAGUUGUCCGAUGCAAUAGCGUGUGGAGAUCCCAUUCGAGCCAUUAUCCGUAACACAGCAAGUAAUCACUCGGGACGCACUCAAGGAAUCUCCAUGCCAGGGCGUGGAGCCCAGGUUUCUCUUCUUAAAAAUUUACACGAAGAAGUCGGAUUGGACCCAAACGAAACAACGUAUGCGGAGGGGCAUGGCACGGGAACGCCGGUAGGCGAUCCUAUCGAGGCCAGUGCCAUAGCAGAGGUUGUGGGAAGUCGCCGCUCACCGCAGAAUCCGCUGUACCUUGGAUCAGUCAAGUCGAACCUUGGACAUAUUGAGAAUGCGAGUGGUUUCUUGUCCUUCAUCAAAUGUGUUAUGAUGCUGGAAAAUGAGAUUCUUCUACCAACUGCCAACUUCACGAGCAUCAACCCGGAAAUCCAAGGCGCCGAGAAAUUGAAGAUACUUCUCAAACCAAUGUCAUGGCCUUUUGGUGCUACCAAAAGGACUUGUAUGACGAACUUCGGUUUCGGAGGCAGUAAUGCGGCAGUACUCCUUGACGCGGCGCCUGAGGCUUCUCAUACGCGGAAUGCCAAGAAGGCCGGCAUUGCUCAUGACCAAGCUAUCGUGGAGGCUGAUAGCAAAGAGCUUUUACUUGUCUUCUCCGCCAAGUCUCCAAUCAGUCUCCAAACAUACAUCUCUUCUUUCCAGGCAUACUUGAAAACAGCUCCAUCGUCUGAUGUAUUUCUGAGGAACCUCACAUACACCCUCGGGCAGCGAAGAACCCACUUCCCUCACCGUAUUACUGUAUCUGCCACUUCGAUGAAUUCUUUACAGAAAGAACUCGUCAAUCUACCGUCAAACAUGAAGUCUGGGAUAACGAACAGCCUGAACUUGGCUUUCGUAUUUACAGGACAAGGAGCCCAAUAUUAUCAAAUGGCUACUGGACUCCAAGAAUACAGCACCUUUCAGCGAUCAUUGGCAGUGUCAGAGAAAAUCCUUUUGCAACUUGGUGCCACAUGGAGGUUAUCCGAAGAACUCGCAAAAGAAGAGCAGCAGUCUCGAGUCAACGACGCGGAAAUUUCUCAGCCGGCGUGUACAGCCGUACAAUUGGCACUGAUAGCUCUGCUUCAAUCGUGGGGGGUAGUCCCGCGAACUGUAAUGGGGCAUUCCAGCGGAGAGAUUGCAGCCGCAUAUGCAGCUGGCAUUAUAUCGUUCGAAGCCGCAGUCGCUAUCAGCUAUUUCAGAGGUCUAGUCGCUGGCAAGUUGAUUGCUGAUCCGACCGCGAAAGGGGCCAUGUUGGCCCUGGGAGCAAGCGCCGAGGAAGCGGAGAAGUUAUUCCCGACCCCAGAACAAGGUUAUGCAGUGGUAGCAGCGAUAAAUAGCUACGAAAGCGUCACUGUAUCUGGGGAUGAGUCUGCUAUCGCAUACAUCCAACAAAAAGCAGAAGACCGGGGCUUGUUCGCGAGGAAGUUGAAGGUUGGAGUGGCGUACCAUUCUCGACACAUGCAAAAAAUAGCUGAUAUGUAUCUAACAUACAUCGAGCCUUUCUGCUCGUCCCCUAGCCUCGCGGUUCCUGAGAAGAAGCCGCAAGCACCGCGGUUCGUUUCCACGGUUACCGGUCGUGUCGAAACGUCAAACACUGUAGAUUCUCGGUACUGGAUCAAAAAUCUACUACAACCUGUGCAAUAUCUCCAAGGACUGGAAACCAUGUUCGCAACUUGCGAGGACGCGCAGCUCAAGGUCGUAGCUCCGAAUGCGCUUAUCGAGAUCGGACCUCACUCCGCGCUUCAGAGUCCGACAAAGCAAGUCCUUGAACGAAUCGCCGCGUCAACCGACAGCAGGAGCUCUAAUAUUUCAGUAACAUGUCUUCCAUCUCUCUUGCGUGGUAAACGCGCCGCGUCGUCCCUGCUUGCCCUGGCAGGCAAGCUUUUUACCAUGGGAUUAACAAUCAAUCUGGAUGUAAUAAACCAAAAUUCAGAUUCUCAUGUAGCAGUCUUGCAUGAUCUGCCGUCUUACGAAUGGAACAAGACUGCGCGAUACCUCCACCAACCUCGGGUGGGAGCAGAACAGCUGUUUGGCGGGCAGAGAUUCAACAACUUGCUCGGGUGGAAAAACUCUCACAACGAAGGAGACGAAGAGUGCAGCUUCCGAAACGUAUUUACGUUAGACGACUUACCUUGGAUCCGGGAUCACGUCGUCAUGCAAGAAAUUUUGUUUCCCUUCACUGCGUUCGUUUCCUUGGCCAUUGAAGGUCUGAGAUCAUUGACAGCGGGCGAGCUGUCCAAAAUUAUAAUACGCGAGCUUCACGUCACUACUAGCUUGAGGAUUGAGGAGGAUCAGCGUGUGGACAUUACGACCAAAUUUCGCCGAGCAAAAACUGGCACCCAGACAACUUCCUCAACGCUCUGGUCGUUUGAGAUACUAUCCUGGUCUGAAGGUCACGGGUGGAAACAACACUCCUACGGUACGAUUGAAGAAGAUCAGAAUGGGGAUGCUGUUUUUGAUAGCCUUGCUGUCGAAGCUGCGUUGAAUGCAUGCAACGACCAAAGGCUCCAUCUGCUCAACGCACAACACGAAUACGAACUUCUGAAGGAGAACAAUGGCCUUUCCUACGGCCCGGCUUUCCAAAAUGCUAUAGACUUUUGGAGGGGACCCGAAUGCGUUGUUCACAACAUAGCCGUACGCGACUUGGGAAUAGAUAACAGUGAUUCCUCGGUCGCAGUGAACCCGCCCACCCUCGACGCUAUAUUCCAUUCCAUGAGCGCUAUCUCGGGUACUCACAGAUCUAAAGCCGUCAUUGUGCCCACAUUCUGUAUGCGAUGGCGAAUCUCGAAUACAAUGUCGCUGUCAGCCGGUCAUAAACUCUCUGUCGUAAGUAGACGAGUAAGCCAUGAUGAAAAGUCAGACAGCAUGGAGAUGGACUUUGUCGUCAUUGACAGCUGUUCCGGAGUAGCACCCAGGGUACUAGCUGAGAUCGGACCCGUAAGAUUCCAAUGCAUCACUCGCUCUGACAAAGAACAAAUGAGGCUCCCAAGCACAUUUUCCUUCAAGCAUGUACCGCACCUUGGACUGAUAGAUCAGCAUGCCCUUGUAGAAAUCAUAGAAGAAGAUAUUCCCGGGGAAUGGGAUUCUAAGAGCGAAAUGAGGCAACGCGAUGAGCAUAACGAGGUCGCUGUCUACUACUUGGCCAAAGCCAUGGAACAGGAAUACGACCUGUCAAAUGCCGAGUUCCCAAUUCCGCAGUUUGUUGAAUGGACGCGCAAUCUUUUGGCCAGCACCUCCAUCACGCCGCCUCAGGAUAUCGGUCCACUCAUCGAGCGUGUCUCCGCCUCCAAUGCGACUGGGGAGCUGCUGUGCGUAGUCGGUGCACUUAUUCCCGACAUCCUUCGCGGGAAGAGAAAAGUGUUGGAGAUUAUGCUGGAUGGUGGUCUGCUGUGGCGAACAUACCACGAAAAUUUCCUGGGUUUCCGUCCGAAUUCAGCCCUGGUGAGCUACAUGGGACGGUUAGCGGAAUACAAACCAGACCUCAACAUCUUGGAAGUCGGCGCCGGGACCGCGUCGGCCACACUUCCAGUGCUCGAGGCCAUUGAUGGUCGAGUGCGAGGCAGUGGUUCUCAGUUCACUUACACUUUUACCGAUAUCAGCGCCGGAUUUUUCGACAAAGCGCAACAACGACUGGCAAAAUGGGCAGAAAGGAUGAGAUACAAGAAACUUGACAUUAGUCAAGAUCCACUUGACCAGGGGUUCGAUGGCGGUGUGUAUGAUGUAAUUGUGGCUAGCAAUGUCCUUCACGCUACAGUUGACAUCGUCGCGACAUUGAACCACAUCAAUGCCCUACUAAAGCCAGGUGGUAAACUCGUGCUCCUUGAAGGCGUGCAGGAACCACAUGCGUCUCUUAUGCCGUUUGCUCUGAUCGAUGGAUGGUGGCUUUUUGAAGACAAAUAUCGCCACAAUGGUCCCUUGCUUACCACGGAGGCUUGGAACAAUGCGCUGAAAGACACUGGAUUCUCAGGUGUAGACGGAAGUGUAGAGGAUCAUCCAGGUCAUGCUAACCAGCUCUUCUCCGCGCUUUGGUCCACAUGCCUGGACAAGGGGACUUCUCAGAGGGCUGCCGACUCCCCGGCUGUCAUUUACUACCAUGGCGGGGAAAGCGAGGAAUUUGCCAAAGAUUUGCAGCGUCAAAUGAGCGGCGGGUCACUCCUCGCACAGUUUUCACAGCAUCGCGAGGUCCAUCCCGAUACGCUAUGCAUUAUGAUAGAUAGUCCAAAACGCAGCAUAUUCAAUGACCUGUCGUCGGAUCUGUAUCUCAAGAUGAAAGACAUCUUGCUGAACUCUUCCAACGUGCUCUGGGUUUUACCCACUCUUUCAACCCCCGAGGCUUCGAUGAUCAAAGGCUUGUUGCGCACACUCCGGCUCGAACGAUCUUCCAGCAACUUGGUUCUACUCGAGACUACACUAGAUAUGGAAAACACGCACGCUGCGGUGAAGCUCAUUGAACACAUGCAGCUCGACACAGACUCAACAUUGAAUACAGAGCAAGAGUAUUCCUUGAUCGGCAAGGUGCUGCAUGUCCCGCGGCUUGAGCGUGUCGAAGCUACAGAGUCAAUCUUUGCAAUCGAAGCAGGGCUCAUGCUCAAGCAAGAGCAAAAUCUCUGGCGUGAAGGCGAGGUUCUGGGGUUGACUAUGGACGUGGUGGGUAGCCCUGACUCGAUCCUCUUUGAGCACACCAACGUGGAUGGCGUGGCUCUAGGCGAAAGCGAGAUUCUGGUGGAGGUUGAAGCAGCUGGAAUCAACUUCAGAGAUCUUCUCACGGUCCUUGGAAAUCUGGAGUGGAAUCCACCAGGGCUGGAAGGUGCAGGAAGGGUUAUCGGCGUUGGGUCUCGCGUGACGGACUUGCAAAUCAACGAUCGGGUUUUCUAUGCUAUUGAGAAGGCUGGUUUCGCGACCCGUGUGCGAAUUCCUAGCGACUGCGCACACACGAUCCCCAACAGUCUAAGUAUGAUCGAGGCAGCGUCGAUGCCUAUUGCCUACAGCACAGCCGUUAUGGGUCUGUUUGACGUCGGCCGUCUCAAGCAAGGGGAAAGUGUUCUGAUUCAUUCCGCAUCCGGCGCUGUUGGACAGGCUUGCAUCCAGAUAGCGCAGUAUCUCGGGGCCGAGAUAUUUGCCACAGCAGGCACCCCUGAAAAGCGAGAAUUUCUUACGCACACGUACGGCAUUGCGACACACCGAAUAUUCUCCAGCCGCACGCCUAGUUUCAGAGACAAAAUCCUGAAGGCAACUGGAAAUCGUGGAGUAGAUGUUGUGGUCAAUUGUCUGAGUGGCGACCUGCUCCAACAAACAUGGGAAGUGGUAGCUGAGAACGGAAGGUUUCUUGAAAUCGGCAACAAGGACUUUAGAGAAAACACUUUCUUGCCCAUGAGAAACUUUGCGCCAAAUGUCACCUUCAGCGGUAUUGAUCUACGGAGGAUCUGUGCAAAAAAGCCAGCUCUGAUCAGGAAAUAUUUGUCCGCCAUCUCUCGAUUGAUUGAAGAAGGCAUGAUAACCCCUGUCCGCCCCAUCUCAACGAUCCACGCAUCGGAGAUCAAUAAAGGCUUGCGGAAACUACAAACGGGGCAAAAUAUAGGGAAGCUGGUCAUCACCUUGGGAAAGGACGAAAAAGUCACUGUUCAGUGCCCCUCGCCGCUGAAGACAAGUCUAUCGACGCCGAAACUAUUGCGUGCGGACGCCACAUACCUGAUUUCAGGCGGUACUGGCGGCAUUGGACGUGCGUUGGUUCCAUGGAUGAUUGCCAAGGGCGCAAGAAACAUCGUUAUGUUAGGUCGCAGUGCCGCGACCAACAAGAGGGUCAAGGCCGUGCUGAGCCAGUACGAGGGGACUGAGAUGUGCGUGAGGGCUAUUCCGUGCGAUGUUGGCCAUCGCUCUGACCUAAAACAUGCUCGUGAAUCUUUGAGGGGAUUGCCAAAAGUGCGUGGUAUCAUUCACGGAGCUAUCUGUUUGCGCGAUUCCGCUUUCGUCAACCUAAAAUACGAAGACUGGCAACUUACUUGCAAAUCCAAGCUCGACGGCGCGUGGAACCUACACGAGCUGUUUCCUGAUCUGGACUUCUUCGUUUCGUUCGGCGGUACGUCGGGUAUUAUUGGCAACAAAGGACAGUCCGUAUACACCGGCACUUCCACCUUUCUAGAGUCCUUCACAGACCACCGGCGCAAGCAAGGAUUGCACGCUGCGGUCAUUCAACUACCCCCCGUCAAGGGCAUCGGGCUUGUGGCAGAGGAAAAUAUGGGAGCCUCGUUGAAAAAGACCAUAGGCUGCAACCUCCGCGGAGAGGAACUUCUUACCGAAGUAGAGGCCGCCAUACUCGGACCGCGCUCUGGAUUCGGUGUAGAUGGGAAGAUCCUAGGAUGGUCAGUGGUAACUACUUCAGAGGCAGCCACCCUACCUUGGGAACAUUUCCAGCCAUUGGCUGUUAUGAGACGCGAACGUCAUGGAAAGGUUGAUGCGAGCGCUUCCCACGGCAAAGACGCCACAAAACAAGGCCAAUUGAAGACGGGGUCCGAUGAGCUGGUUAUGGAUGCUCUGUGUGACAAGAUUUCCGCUAUGACAACCAUUGACAAGGACGAAAUUUCGCCCUCGCGAGACUUGAAAGAUUACGGUCUUGACAGCCUUAUCUCCAUCGAGUUGCGCAAUUGGAUUCGGAGGAACUUUGAUCUUGAUGUCCACGUUGAUGAGAUCAAUAGGACGCAAAAUUUACAGGCACUUUUGCAGCACAUUCGUACUCAAACUAAGUAG